AUGGAAGCCUGCCGGGCGCUCUACGAGUACCAGGCGGCCGAAGCCGACGAGCUGACGAUCAAGGAGGGCGACCUCGUCCAGGUGACGAAGAAACUCGACGACGGCUGGUGGUUCGGCGUCAUCGAGGACGGGCUGCCGCGCUGCGGCCUCUUCCCCGGGAGCUACGUCGCCCCGGCGCACGAGCUGCCGCCGGCGACGGAGCUGCCGCCGCCCGCGGAGCUCGCGCCGUCCGCGGACCUCGCGCCGGCCGGCGAGAUGGCGCCGCCGGCCGACGCCGCGGCGCCCGCGGAGCCGGAGGAGCCGGCCGAGCCCGCGGAGCCCGCGGAGCCCGAGGAGCCCGCCGCGGUCGAGCUGGCGCUGCCGAGCCCCGCGGGCGCGGCCCGGGACCUCGUCGUCAAGCUCGGUUCCAACCAGGACGAGGCCCUGAGCCUCAUCGCCGAGCUCGAGCACCGCGCGGCGACGGCGGAGAAGGCUUUAGCGGACGAGCGGCGGGCGGCCGCGGCGUUCCGCGAGGCGACGACGGCGUCGCUCAGCGUCCUCGAGCAGACGCUCACCCGCGCAUUAGCACCCCUCGGCGGCAUCGUCGUCGAGGGCCCCAAAGACGCGGGCGACGACGACGCGGCCUUCUGGGAGCAGUCGGGCGAGGCGCGCGCGGACGACGCCGUCGCGAGGCGUCUAGCCGCGGAGAUCGGCCGCCGGCUCAAGACGGGCACGCUGGGCCGCAAGACCGUGGCCUGGGACGACUUCUGCGACGCCGUCAACGCCGCGGCGCCGCCGGGGGCCGACGCUGCGCGCGACGCGGCGCCGUUCGCGUCGCCCGCGGUCCUGCGGACGCCCGCGCUCGCGCAGUCCCAGAGCCAGCCCGCGCUCCACCACCCCCACCACCUCAAGGCCGCGGCCCUCGCCGUCGAGGCCGCGCACCACCACCACCACCGGUCCCAGGAGCCGCCCGCGCCGCCGCCGCAGCAGCUCCACCACGGCCACGCGGACCAGCACAGCCUCCGCGCGGCCGCGCUCGCCGUCGAGGCCGCGAACCACGCGCCCCACUACGCGGCGCCGACGACGAGCUCCUUGCUGCACCACGACCACGACCCGCACCACCGCGGCCACCACGGCGCGCCGCCGCACCACGAGCCGCCGUACCACCACUACGAGCCGCCGCGCCACCACAUCGAGCCGCCGCAGCACUCGCCGCCGCGCCACUACGCCCCGGACUACGACGCGCCGCGCCACCACGACGCGCCGCGCCACCAGGAGCACGCGCGGCACCCGGAGCCGAUGCGGCACCCGGAGCCGGCGCGGCACCCGGAGCCGGCGCGGCACCCGGAGCCGGCGCGCCACUCCGGAGAGCACGCGCGGCAUCAUCAGGAGCCGCCGCGGCACCAGGAACCGUCGCCCCACCACGGCGCGCGCCAUUCCGGCGAGCACGCGCGCCAUUCCGGCGAGCACGCGCGCCAGCCGGAGCCCGCGCGCCGGCCGGAGCAGCCGCCGCCGCCGCGGGAGUCGCCGCGCGAGCCGCAGCCGCCGGCGGACGAGCGCCUCUCCAAGAUCCUGGACCGCUUCGCGAGCCCGCUCCGGGGCCUCUUCCGCGACUACGCGACGGUCCGGGGCCCCGGCGGCCGGCCCGGCCAGGUCGUGUCGCCCGCGGACGUGCUCCGCCUCUGCCGGGACCACCGCGUGUCGCCGACGCUGCUCAGCCAUCAGGAGGUGACGUCCGUGACGCGGGGCGCGCUCGGCGACGGCGAGACGGGCGGCCUCGACGGCCCGGGGUUGCGGAAAUGCCUCGAGCGCCUCGCCGUCGCCGCCUACGCCACCGUGCCGACCAUGGGCGUCGGCGACAAGGUCGAGGCGUUGUUUCUGCACAUGGGCCUCGCGGAGAAGCUCAUCGAGGCGACGCGGGCCGCGCCGCGGCGCGCGCGGUCCGCGCCGCGCGCCGACGAGGAAAACCCGGCGGCGCUCCCGCCCGUCGUCCAGCCCGGCGGCCGGCCCCAGAUCGCGCCGCGGCCCGACGUCGUCGACGCGUCGGCCGCCGUCGCGCCGACGCGCAUCCGCGGCUCCGGCGACUACUACUACCCGGGGGGAGACGUGGUCCAGAAAAUACCCCACCACGCCUGGAACUCGCCCAAGCCCAAGGGCGGCGACCCCUUCUCGUCGCCCCACCGGAAGGCGCCGGCCGCGUCGCCCACGCACAAGCACCACCACGCGGCGAGCCCCGCGGAGCGCGCGCACGCGGAGCGAGGACACGUCUACCACCCCCACCACGGGGGGCACCCGUGA